UUUCCUUACCACUCUCGCUGCUGCUGUGUUAUGCACGACGAGGCAAGGUUUGCAAGCUAACUAGCUCAAUGCUAAGUUGCCGAGACUGAUGUAGCUAGCCAUUUAGUUCGCAAAGUUACUAAAUGCGGUUCACUAAAUGAAUAUUUUGCAUGUAACAGCUACUCUUGUAAAAACGUCAGUAUCGAGAAGUGUGCGUUUUGGGUUUGGCCAUUAAUACCAUGUUAGUCAAUCCGACGCGAGGGUUUCUGUGGUCUGAUGAGGAGACAAGAGCGCUUCUGGACAUUUGGGGUGAACACGACGUGCAAACUGCGUUGGAUGGCAACUUUCGGAACAGUCAUGUUUACCGCGAUGUAGCAAGUCGCUUGAGCGACUUGGGCUUCGAUAGGACCCCUGACCAGUGCAGGAUUCGGGUUAAGAGCCUCAAAAGGCAGUAUUAUCAAGCGAAAGAAGGCUCUAAGAAAAACGGGCAGUACCACAAGAUGUGCAAGUUUUACAACGAGAUGGAAAGAAUAUUAAGCAACAGACCCUCAGUGGAUCCUCAGGAUAUGAUUGAUAGUGUUGCCGUUGGAGAUGAGACAAUGGAUGGCACUGAAGAAAAUGGUGAGACAAUCGACCCUUCGCAGGAUUCUCAUAUGGACAGCACUGGUGAUGGCUUAUACCCAGAACAUCCCGUGAAAAUUGAGUAUCCACCGUACCCAAUCCCUGUUACAGUUGGUAGCCAUAGUGUUCAAAUGAAACAGAGCAACAUUCAGACAACCAGCAUCCCUUCGUCCUCAAUAAGCAGGCCAAGGAGAUCCAAGAAGCGUUUUACAAACCUGUCAUUAGAGAAGCUGAUGGAAAGAUUCCUUGAACAGAGCAUGGAAGCAGAGGAAAACUUUUACAAGCUGGAAGAGCAACGGCUACACGCGGAGGACCGUCGCCGGGAAACUGAACACAGCCGAGAGCUGCACAUGCUCCAAGUGCUCGGCCAGAUGUUUGCUGGCAUUGCAACUCCUGUUGCCGUGCCAACGUCCCUUUCCAUGCCGUCCACGGCGCGCGCACCCUCACGCGCCUCACAGGCCACCCAAUCCACCCCGCUCAUGCGUCACUCAUUUGGGAAUCACCAUCAUCAGGCUUCCAUGGCUGAACACGCCAACCACAAUCUUCAAUCUGUUCCAGUCAUAGAGCGAUCCUUUUCCUUGGGCAGUGGAACUCAUAGGAUUAUGGAGAAUAUCCUCCCGCUGGUGAGAAACACGGUCCCUGCACUGACAUCCAAAAAGCAUAAGGGUCAGGAUGGACGUAUAGGGAUCAUUGGAGGCUGUCAGGAAUACACAGGAGCACCAUAUUUUGCAGCCAUCUCUGCACUGAAAACAGGGGCAGAUCUGUCGCAUGUGUUCUGUACCAAAGAUGCUGCUACUGUCAUCAAAUCCUACAGCCCUGAGCUCAUUGUACAUCCAGUGCUGGACAGCCCCAAUGCUGUGGAGGAGAUAGAGAAAUGGCUUCCCCGGCUUCACAGCCUGGUGGUGGGACCAGGUUUAGGAAGGGAAGACAUGCUUCUCAAGACUGCAAAGGAUGUCAUUGAAAAGUCUAAAACGAGAGGCAUCCCGAUAGUCAUUGAUGCUGAUGGAUUGUGGCUGGUUGCCAAGGAACCAUCAGUCAUCCAAGGAUACCAGAAGGGCAUCCUUACACCCAAUUUUAUGGAGUUCAGUCGUCUUUAUGAGGCCAUGCACCAUGAACCACUUGACAGCACCGACCACCAUAGAACUGCCCAGCAACUGAGCGUUGCCAUGGGCAACCUGACCGUUGUACUGAAAGGAGAAGAGGACAUCAUCACAGAUGGCACCAGGGUGAUCACAUGUACUCAUGAGGGCAGUGGGCGCAGGUGUGGGGGACAGGGAGACCUCCUCUCGGGCUCUCUAGGAGUCUUCGCCCACUGGGCCUAUAGCUCCUCUCCGGAUGCCAGCGGAGGUAUGAAUCCUUCUCUUGUAGCUGCAUAUGGUGCUACAUCCCUGACAAGGCAGUGCAACCGACAGGCUUUCCUCAGGCAUGGUCGAUCCACCACCACCUCAGACAUGAUCCAAGAGAUCAGCACCGCCUUCAAAAAGCUGUUUGAAAGUUGAGAAACACAGAAACACUUUUACUUAUUAAGAU